AAUGCCGUGCAUGGCGCGUCAUUGAAGAGAGACCAUGAUGGCGGCGGCCGUGGCGGUGGCGGUGGGGGGAGCCCCCGAGGUGAUCGCCCAGCUGGAGAACGCGGCCAAAGUGUUGAUGGCACCACCUUCCAUGGUCAAUAACGAACAACGUCAGCAUGCUGAACACAUAUUCUUAUCAUUUCGAAAAUCAAAAUCACCAUUUGCUGUUUGCAAGCAUAUUUUAGAAACUAGUAAAGUUGAUUACGUCCUUUUUCAAGCCGCCACAGCGAUAAUGGAAGCAGUUGUACGUGAAUGGAUUUUAUUGGAAAAAAGUAGCAUUGAAUCACUAAGAACAUUCCUUUUAACGUAUGUCUUACAAAGGCCAAACCUCCAGAAGUAUGUACGGGAGCAGAUAUUAUUAGCAGUAGCAGUAAUAGUGAAACGAGGAUCCUUGGACAAAUCUAUUGAAUGCAAGAGCAUUUUUCAUGAAGUUAGUCAGCUGAUAAGCAGCGGCAACCCCACUGUGCAGACACUGGCCUGUUCCAUUUUAACAGCAUUAUUAAGUGAGUUUUCAAGUUCAAGUAAAACCAGUAACAUUGGGUUAAGCAUGGAGUUCCACGGUAACUGCAAACGAAUAUUUCAAGAGGAUGAUCUCCAUCAGAUCUUCAUGCUUACUGUAGAGGUGCUGCAGGAAUUCAGCCGGCGUGAAAACCUUAACGCUCAGAUGUCUUCAGUUUUUCAACGUUAUCUUGCACUAGCCAAUCAGGUCUUAAGUUGGAAUUUUCUUCCUCCAAAUUUAGGCAGACAUUAUAUAGCUAUGUUUGAAUCCUCACAAAAUGUGAUGCUAAAGCCAACAGAGUCCUGGCGUGAAACACUCCUGGACAGCAGAGUAAUGGAACUUUUCUUCACUGUGCAUCGAAAAAUUAGAGAAGACACAGAUAUGGCACAAGACUCGUUGCAGUGUUUAGCACAGCUAGCUUCUCUACAUGGGCCGGUAUUUCCAGAUGAAAGCUCGCAAGUCGACUACUUGGCUCACUUCAUUGAGGGACUGCUCAACACUAUCAAUGGGAUUGAGAUAGAGGACUCUGAAGCGGUGGGAAUAUCCAGUAUAAUCAGCAACUUGAUCACUGUAUUUCCUCGCAAUAUAUUAACAGCCAUUCCGAAUGAACUUUUUUCUUCGUUCGUUAACUGUCUCACACACCUCACUUGUUCUUUUGGGAGGAGUGCUGCCUUGGAAGAAGUGCUUGACAAGGAUGACAUGGUAUACAUGGAGGCAUAUGACAAACUCUUGGAAUCCUGGCUGACUUUGGUUCAAGAUGAUAAAUACUUCCAUAAAGGCUUCUUUACCCAACAUGCUGUUCAGGUUUUUAAUUCUUACAUCCAAUGCCACUUAGCAGCUCCUGAUGGUACCAGAAAUUUGACUGCUAAUGGUGUGGCCUCCAGAGAAGAAGAAGAAAUAAGUGAGCUGCAAGAGGAUGACAGAGAACAGUUUUCUGAUCAGCUGGCCAGCGUAGGCAUGUUAGGAAGAAUUGCUGCUGAACACUGUAUACCUCUCCUUACAAGUUUAUUAGAAGACAGAGUGACAAGGCUUCAUGGCCAAUUACAAAGGCAUCAGCAAUUAAUUGGUUCACCAGGAUCAGGCUCCAUUGACAAUAAAGCGCUUGAUGACCUAUAUGAGGAUAUUCAUUGGCUUAUUCUAGUUACAGGCUACCUCUUAGCUAAUGAUACUCAGGGAGAGACUCCGCUAAUACCUCCAGAAAUAAUGGAGUGUUCCAUUAAGCACUCAGCUGAGGUUGACAUCAAUACAACGCUUCAAAUGCUUGGAUCUCCAGGAGAAAAGGCCUCUUCCAUUCCAGGGUACAACAGAACCGAUUCUGUUAUUAGGUUACUGUCCUCUGUUCUAAGAGUUUCGGAAGUGGAGUCUCGAGCAAUAAGAGCUAAUCUAACGCACCUUUUGAGUCCACAAAUGGGGAAAGAUAUUGUGUGGUUCCUUAAGCGAUGGGCAAAAACCUAUCUACUUGUAGAUGAAAAACUGUAUGACCAGAUAAGUAUGCCAUUCAGUACGGCAUUUGGUGCUGAUACUGAGGGUGCCCAGUGGAUUGUGGGUUACCUCUUAGAAAAAGUCAUCAGCAAUCUUGCAGUCUGGAGUUCUGAGCAGGACCUUGCAAAUGAUACUGUGCAGCUCCUAGUAACGCUGGUAGAAAGACGAGAGAGGGCAAAUUUAGUAAUUCAUUGUGAGAAUUGGUGGAACUUAGCAAAACAGUUUGCCAGACGGAACCCACCUCUUCACAUUUUGUCCAGUUCAGUACAACGAACAUUAAUGAAAGCCUUAGUUCUUGGAGGUUUUGCUCAUAUGGAGUCUGAUGCCAAACAGCAGUAUUGGACAGAGGUUCUUCAUCCACUUCAGCAGCGAUUCUUGAAUGUGAUAAACCAAGAGAACUUCCAACAAAUUUGCCAAGAGGAGGAGGUGAAACAGGAAAUCACUGCCACCUUGGAGGCACUUUGUGGCAUCGCUGAGGCUACCCAGAUAGACAAUGUAGCAAUUCUCUUUAAUUUUCUGAUGGACUUCCUCAGCAAUUGCAUCGGACUAAUGGAAGUGUAUAAAAAUACACCAGAGACUGUUAACCUCAUCAUAGAGGUUUUUGUUGAAGUUGCACAUAAACAGAUAUGCUAUCUUGGAGAGUCUAAAGCCAUGAAUUUAUAUGAAGCUUGUCUGACCCUACUUCAGGUAUAUUCCAAGAAUAAUUUAGGUAGACAACGAAUAGAUGUUACAGCAGAAGAGGAUCAAUAUCAGGAUCUUCUUCUCAUUAUGGAACUUCUUACUAACCUACUUUCAAAAGAAUUUAUAGACUUCAGUGAUACAGAUGAAGUAUUCAGGGGACAUGAACCUGGGCAAGCCACAAACAGAUCUGUGUCAGCAGCAGAUGUUGUCUUAUACGGGGUGAAUCUAAUUCUGCCUUUAAUGUCCCAAGACUUGCUAAAAUUUCCAUCGCUAUGUAAUCAGUACUACAAAUUAAUCACUUUUAUUUGUGAAAUAUUCCCGGAGAAAAUUCCACAGCUUCCAGAUGACUUAUUUAAAAGCCUUAUGUAUUCAUUAGAGUUGGGAAUGACAUCAAUGAGUUCAGAUGUUUGUCAACUCUGCUUAGAAGCUCUGACACCACUGGCAGAACAGUGUGCAAAAGCACAGGAGACAGAUUCAUCACUUUUUUUAGCAACAAGGCACUUUCUUAAGAUGGUUUUUGAUAUGCUGGUACUACAGAAGCACAAUACAGAGAUGACAGCUGCAGCAGGUGAAGCAUUUUACACAUUAGUAUGUUUGCAUCAGGCUGAGUAUUCUGAAUUAGUUGAAACAUUAUUAUCAAGUCAACAAGAUCCAAUAAUUUAUCAGCGGUUAGCAGAUGCCUUCAACAAACUUACUGCAAGCAGCACUCCGCCUACGCUGGACCGUAAGCAGAAGAUGGCCUUCCUCAAAAGUUUAGAAGACUUUAUGUCAAAUGUUGGUGGUCUCCUCUGUGUAAAAUAAACACCAGAACUGUAUGCCUAACUUAGACCCUUUCUGCAAAAUGCACUGAAAAAUGCUGAAAGCUGACUUAAUCUUAAUGCCUAUUUCUGGGUUUUUCACAGCCAUCUAAGAUUUUAGAGAGCCUGGAGAUUUUGACAUAGUGCAGUGGAAUAGGAGAUGUCAACUCUAAAAUCAGCUUCUGCUAUAUGUGUUAGCCACAGUCUGUCAUACCUUUUAAUGUUGUGCAGAAUAAACAGAAAAAAAACUGAAAUAUCUAAAAGAAUUCCACAAGUGCAUACAGAUAUGGGCACAGUAAAAACAAGAACCAGUGCCUUGUCCCAAAUGGCCUCAGUGACAAUUCAGACUUCUGAAAGAUUUUGUUGUUGCUCUAAACCCUUUUAUUAUGUGCUUUAGACACAUAGAACUGUAAAACAAUUCUAAGCUUUAUUUUUCCUCUCUGAAAGUGAAGAAGAAGAAAACCACCAAAUGAUAUUUUUAACUUGGAUUUAGUUUUGUUUUGUUUCUUAGGGUUUUUUUUUAACAUCAACCUGGCGUUGCAUGUUUGUGUAAUACAAGUUUUUACAUUAUAUGCUGCUGCCCUAAAGUUCAGAAAGAAGAAAGGUGUAUAUUUUUGUUUCCCCUGGAAUGAACUUUAGGAACUGUAGCCAUUUCAUUGCCUUAAUUUAAAACGGAUUUUUAAAAAUAACUGAUGUAAGUUAGGUAAGAAAUCUAAGGCAAACUUUGGGUCUUCAGAACUGGUUUUGAAUGUCAGCAUUAAGCUGCCAUGUAUCUGUUUGCAGCCCUCAUAUGUUGAGAGUAUUAUUUCAGUGUGAGUGUAAACAGGAGUUCAUAUGUACUUUUACUUUCAAUAUCUAUUGAGUCACGCCCAGGUCAUACACAAGUACAGUGUAUUUCUAGACUGAACUGUUUGCUGAAGCAAUAAUGUUUCAAAAGGUGUAAAUUAUUGAUUUCUACAAACUAUUUUUUUUAAUGUUAGGGCAUUAGAUCCAGUGGUUAGCCGAUGAGUGUCAAACUCUUCUAACCAAGGGCCAUCUAUUUUUUAUUUCAAGAGUCAGAAUACUGAACUGUGGUCUGAUGUCUUACCAUCAUCCUCAUCAGAUUAACAGAACUAUGUUGUGCUGCUCUGAUCCCACCUGUUCAGCAUCUUGGCACUUUAAAAGAUUAAGGUUACCUGUAUGGUUUCAUACUGCAUCCACCAAAUAGGAGGUUGCCAUGGUGGCAGGAACUCAAAAGUAUAGAAGCAGGGAAUUUUCUAGUAGUUGCAAGCCAAACUAAACCAACAAAUGCAUAUGCUGCUGAUUAAAACAAACCAUUUUUGAUGAAGGAAGGGGAUAAUUUGUCUCCAAGGCUGUGUGUGUUAUACUCUGCAAAAUAUGUGCUAUUGGGUAUUCUCAAGUAGUGAUUUUAACAUUUUAUAUGAGGUUAUAUAAAUCACUUGCCUCUUUAUAGCAUCAUGUUUGCAGUUCUGUGCCAUCCUUGUGCUUUUCAUCUCAAAAUGUAAUCACACUACCUGCUAAUUUGUAUGUUUGAAAUCUUUAACAUUGUGGAGUGUUGCUAUAAGGGUCCAAACUUCUUCAAUUCCUUCUUGGCAAGCCAUGAACUGAGAAAACAAUGGAAGGAUGUGCCUCUGUUUCUGCAAAAUAUUUUCUUUCAUUUCUAGCCAUAAAAUGAAGAGUGGCUGGAGCAAAUUGUUUCCUUGAAUAGUUGUUUUUCUUGAAACACUGAUUAGAAUGAACCUCAAUUCAGACAUCGUUAUAGGCCUGUAGCUUGGCUUUUAGGAAUGUGUUCCAGUCUCGUGCAUUUCCUUCUCCAUCUGCAUCCUCAGAUUCCCUUCUGCGCUUCCUAGUCUACAGCAGUUUGAACUGAUGGUUCAACUGAACAAAUAAUAGUUACUGCUAAGUGUAGUGUGAUUACAAACUAAAAACUACAAUUUGAGCAUGAAGCACAUUCCUAACAACAAAGCUACAGCAUGAUCAUGACCUGUGAUUUGGGUCUGUCAGCCCCUUCUUGGUUUAAAUUGUUUCAUUUGUUUCUUAAACAUUGUUGUUUGUAGAAUGAAGAAAUACAGUAGUUUUGGUUUUCAUUUGUUUAAAAAUGGAGUUCCUGUGGCUCUAGCAAAGCUGUUUGUGCUCUAAUUAUGAUAAAUUCUAAAUUCCUUUAAAAUAGUUGAGAACUUGUAGGCUUCUAAGAACAAUGGCUUUCAAAACAUUGCCCACUAUGUUGAAAGUCAUUAUGGUUAAUAAAAUAAGCAACUGCAGCCUGUGUUUCACUGAGGACAACUACAUAGCAGUUUGGUAUGUAGGUGAAUUGAGUUCUCAGUUAUUAUGGUUAACAGUUCUGGUUUGUAGAAUUAGUACUUAAAACUGGUGCCACUGGAAGCCCAAUUUCUGAUUAUGUGAGAUGACACUGGUUAUCUCUAGGAGCACUGACUAUGAGGCAUGGGAGAUACCUGUAGGGCAGUUGGGAACGUAACGUCCUGGCUAGGUUGGGGAAGAGUCUGCGAAGCAUUGCUGCUGUGCACCCUCCAUUUGUUUCAGGUGGAUUUGUUUUGAACUUCAGUGCAGGUCAAUGCAAAAUGAAUGGAACUUGUACACAACAAUAUUUGGUGGAUUGCUUCUAAAAGUAAGAGUUGUCAAGGGUUAUUUGUAUUCCUAAAUUUAUUUCCUCAUUUAAAAUGUAUAUUACGUUAAAGGGACACUGUCCAGUACAUUUUUAUCUAAAAUUUUGUAACUGUUAGUGAUUUCUAAGAAGACUAUCCUUCCUGUUUUUGUAUUCCUUCCCCAUUUAACAUAUUUACAAAUGUCACAUUAUGUAUCUCCACCCUCUGAAUUUCAGAGAGAUUGUAGUGUCUCUGGAAAUCCAUAUUGGUGCAUGGGCACCUUCACCACACUGGAGAACUCUACAAUAUUUUAUUAUGUCCAUGUCUUUAAAACAAAGUGGUCUUUUAUGGGAUAAUAUGUACUUAAGUUAGUAGGGCAUAAACAAAGCUCAUGCAAACCAAUAAAAACAUGAUGUGUUUCAAUUGGCUGUUAACUGAAGCCAUGUGAUAUUUCUAGAAAUUGUUGGUAACAGCACUGAGUUCAGAAACCAAAUGAGAGAUGAUAGAGAAGAUGAACCUGUUUUUAAAAACUGAUUUCUUGUAUAAUCUGUCAGACAAGUAUAUUGUUCUAACAUGAAAUGUGGUGCUUCAAUUUAGUAAAUGACUUCCAUAGGAUGUACAUUCUAAUUACAAAGAAGCCAUUUGUGCUCCCCACUUUUAAUUUCAAUCUAAGGUUGAAAUUUGGAUUUUCCAAAUCAUUAAUUUGUUUGGGAAUAAGCCAUUUAAAGAGUUAUGAUUCCAACUCCAUUAACUGUCUAAUCUUUCAGAGUACAUUAGCUCACACUUUGAUAUCUAAGGCAAUCUAGAAGCAUUAGCACAGGGAAAUUAACUUCAUGAUAAAACUGCUAUGCUUUUAAUAAAGUCUAUCAUCGGGACUGAGAAGAAAUUGAUACUGCAGAAAAAAGUCAGGAGUUUUAAUCUGAGCUCACAUCUGGUUCCUGACAAGAUGUGCCUAAAGCAAGUACAUUAAAUUGAAGAUUGAUAUUUAAGAUGUCUUGACGUAUAUCUGAACUACAAAUAUCUGGAAGUGUCAAUUAGAUUCUAAAUUCAGAAUGUUUAAAGUCUAUCAGAAUGCUGAGCACCAUUUUUUUUGAUUUGGUGAAAUAAUGUUAUUGGAAAUAUUUUGUUGACUGAGUAUAUUUUACAGUGAAGAAAAAAUUCCUAAAAUAUUGGCAUUUUCACCAUCAAUGAACUACCCAGUGUUCCCAGUGUACACAUAUAUUGGAGAUAAUCUUUAUCAAACUGUUGUUGUUGUUUAGUUGUUUAGUCGUGUCCGACUCUUUGUGACCCCAUGGACCAGAGCACACCAGGCCCGCCUGUCUUCCACUGCCUCCCGGAGUUGGGUCAGAUUCAUGUUGGUAGCUUUAACAUCAAGUGGAUAGAAUCCAAAAUGCUUCCUAGACCAUUGCUGGUUUGAUAGCGGAUUAAUUGAUCACAGUAGAAACAACAGCAACAUAAAUCUCUUUGAUCACAUAUGCAUAGUCGAGCAGUUAACAGCCCUUAAUACUGGAUGUUAAUGUACAAUAACACUGACGUUGAACGAAAGUCAUUCUCUAGGUUUUUCAGAGCAAAAAUUGGGAAAACAUUUAAUUUGUGGUAAGUUAUAUUAGAUGAAUCAUGUCCAUGGCACAAACUGAUUAAUUUGCAAAACAACUCUGACAGUUUAGGAAAAUAUACUGUAGAAUUAUUAGUAAGUUUGUGGAAAACUAAGGAUUUUUCUUGCUGCAUAAAUAAGCCGGUGAAAAGUAUGGAUUUUGUUGAGUCAUUCAGUUGAUAUUUGUAAGGUGAUCUCUGUAACCUGAGAUUCACUAAAAUGUUUAAGAGCAGUAUUCAAACUUGUACUUGUUCUUUUUUUGAUUCCUGGUAUGCAAAUUUUUCCAAUUAAGCAAAAUCACUUUUUAUAAAGGACAACAUGUUUUUAUGCCAUCAUGUGAAAUUCCCCGUUUCUGUAAGAUGCACCUCUUCAAAGCUGCAAAGCUAUAUUUACUUAGCGGAUUCUGUUCUAAAUGUUACUACUUUAAACCUAACAACUAAAAGACAACUGUUGAAUUUGACAUCUUUUCAGGUCUCAGCUAGGUCUGCCUCACACAAGAAAUAGAGGAAAACUUCUGAAUUUCAUAAGAAUUCCUGAAUUACAUGACAUUUCAAAAUU